CGUUGCAGCUGUGAUGUGCUGACAGUAUGAGAUUCGCCUCGUUUGUGGCUCUGUGUAUCAUUAAGAGUUCUUUUUAAACCCCAGCAUGGGGAACUUUCAGUAAACCUGUGCAACUCUGCGAUCUUAUUCCGUCAGAGAGUCGCGUGCGUCUGAUUCGAAGCGCUCGGACUCCGGAGCGGCUCCAGUCUGUUUCUAAUCUGAAGCCAGUCGGACUUCAGCCGGUGUCGUGAUUAUAUAUGAGCGGGACAUAUAUGAGGAUUAGAGAUCCUCAGUGAAGCCACAGAGAAUGGACCUGACGGGCUUGUGCUUCAUGCAGCUGCUGUUCUCAGCCCUGCAGGUGGUAUUAUGUGUAGGAAGGGACUGCCUCCUGGCUGGGGACUCAUGCUCCAGUGAUGAGACAUGCAGCCCGCGCCUCAGGACCCUGCGUCAGUGUGUGGCCGGAGACGGCAGCAUGAAGCUGGGCCCUGGUGCACGCAGCCAGUGUGCCAAUGCUGUGUCUGCUCUGUUGUCCAGCCCGCUGCAUGGCUGCCAGUGCCGACGUGGCAUGAAGAGAGAGAAGAACUGCCUGAGUAUAUACUGGAGUCUCUACCAGUCUGGCAUACAUGGACUCAAUCUGGUGGAGAGCUAUCCAUAUGAGGCAGUGGAGAAAGGAUAUGACUACGUCCGUCUAGCGUCCAUCACUGCAGACUCUGAUCUGGGCCUUUCAACUGCAAACCGGUGCUUGGAUGCGGCCAAAGCCUGCAAUGUGGACGACCUGUGCCAGAGGCUGCGCACUGAAUAUGUGUCAGCGUGUAUCAAGACUUCAGGCAAAUCAGGCCUGUGCAACCGUUCCCGCUGCAACAAGGCUCUGCGCCGAUUUUUUGACCGUGUGCCCCCUGAAUACACGCAUGAGCUGCUCUUCUGUCCCUGCAGCGAUAUGGCAUGCUCUGAGAGAAGACGCCAGACCAUUGUGCCUGGCUGUUCAUACGAAAUGCCAGAAAAACCCAGCUGCCUGACGCAGAUGAGGAGCUGCAGAGCCGACUACAUCUGCAGGUCUCGUUUGGCCCAGUUUCAGUAUGACUGUCUGCCAGAGGAGCAGUCCUCCAGCGGCUGCAAGCACGGCAACUACGCUGCCUGUCUUGUAGCCUACACUGGCCUAAUAGGCAGUCCCAUCACUCCAAAUUACGCUGAAAACACCACAUCCAACGUGUCGCCGUGGUGCACAUGCUCAGCGAGCGGCAGUCAGAGACAGCAGUGCACACAGUUUCUGGAUUAUUUCACCAACAACAUCUGUCUCAACAAUGCUCUUCUGAUGUUCGGGAAUGGGAUGGACCAGAGUCCCACUGCCAGCCAAACAGAUCGCCGAAUCUCUGUGACAGACAGAGACACACGAAACAGUUCUUCUGGCUUUGUCUCCAUGGAUACAGAAGAGAACAUUGCAAGCCCAACCAUUUCCACACAGGACACCGAAAGGGGGAGACUUUGGGGUGACUCCACCAUUCCCUUCAACACACACCGUAACUCUAGCCAGGUCUCCACUCGUGAGUGUCUGCCAAUACUCAUCUGUCUGCUGCUCAUCCUUCUGCUGAGCUAUGAUCAGUAAAAUACUUGUGUGGGACAAACACAGAGCCUGGGCCUUAGGACCAACUGCAAUGUUAUUUUUUUUAAUCAAGACUGUGGAAAAAAGCUUCCUCCAACAUCCCCCUCAUGUUUCAUUGUGCUAUCUGUGUAGUUCUGUGGAAUGGUUGGAUUUGGAGAGACAACUAAUUAAUGGACCUGAUGCCUGAUGUAUGGUUAAUCUAAUUGGAAAUCAUCCUUGUACAUAUGUACAUAUCAUUAUGCAGAGUCGAUAUCAGAGUUUAUUGUUUGUGAAUAAUUUCAGCUCCAAGGCCUACAUUUUCUAGGGACAUUUAUGAGUGUGGUGCCUGCAGUGUUUGAUAACCAAAUUAAUGUGCAAUGCUCUAAACUAGGCUGAAAUGUGUGGAGAAAAGAAUGAAAGCCAAAUGUUUCUUUUCUAUAGCUCCUCAUGCAUCACUUCAAGUGUUCAAAGGCGCCUGUGGAGGAAACAGCGAUUUAAUAUCAUUUUGUUCAAGUUGACUGAAGACAAAGACUAGGGCUGCCUCUGAUCAAUAUUCGGACUGCAAAGCCUUUGGGUGAAGGUAAACAAAAGGCCUGUUGACGUUUGAACCGAUAUUUUGGAUAUACCCGUUUCUAGAUCAUUCCAAGGUAUUUUGUGUGUGUUUUCAGGAACGUAAGCGCUUUCUCUUUGCCUGACUGAAGAACAAAUAUAAACCAAACAUUUGUGAUUUUUGUUGCUUUAGUCUUGUGCAAGCACAAUGGACUGUUUGAGACUAAAACAGUGGCCAAUUCUACAAUGUUAUUUACCUUUGAGUUUACUCAAAUCCUGUAUAGUUUAAUGUUUUGUUUUUUCUCAGACACAAAUGACAAAAAUCUGAUGUGUCAAAUUAUGUAAAGCACAAGAAAAGACUAAACUGUCACAGAAACAUAAGCAGUGCUGAAUCAAUUAAGCAUAUUUGCAGUGUAUUGAAUUAACACUGGUACAUUCAUCAUCUAUAAGCAGAAUUUUUAUAGUGUUCUUAUAGCUACAAUGCAUUUGAGGAAACUUGGCUUUGAUUUGCAGUUUGUGUGGAUUUCUCUCCCAGCAUAAUAUCUUUGGGCCAUAUUCAGAGUUGAGUUAUGUGCACAUAGUGAGAAGUUAAUACAAAAAAGCAUACAUCAGUAUUCACAUUUCAGAGUUACACAUAUGGCCUAAAACAGAGACAUGUUUUAGGAUUUUGUGCAAUUCUGGAUUUGCAUUUUUGCUGAUUUAUUUAUGAGAUAUUGGCUUGAGAUAGAAGCAGUAUUGAGUCCACUGCCAAUAUGUCAUAUUGAAAUUUAUGGAAAGUUUGGGCUGUAUAAUACAUAAAUAUUAAACUAUUAAUUCAUUCAUUGUAUUGUCUAUGUAAAGUCCAUGGAUUAAAAAAAAAGAUACAUAUAUUUUAUUUUUUGCAUAGAGGACAUGGGAGGAGACAUCAUCUUCAGAUUAUCCUUCAAAACGUGGGCAAGAGAGUGCACUGAAUUAACCAAAACAUUGGGAUUUUUUAAGUGAAAUUGACAACUCAAUAUUACGGAUUAAAAGUUUGAUAAAAUAGUCUACACCCAGCAGACACAUUAUAAUUUCAUUGCCUUGAUUUAGUAUCUCAUGGCUACAUUAAGUUGCACACAGUUUUUCGUGACUUGUACAGUCUCUGAACAGUAGACAUGGUUCUUUUGUUUGUUUGUUUGUUUGUUUGUUUUAAACCCCUAUGUAAGCAUGACGCUUUCUGCUGCUGUACUUCCAGUUCAUUGUGCAAAAUACAAAAGGCUGUUCUGGAUCAAGUGCUAUUUUAUGAGCUAUUGAAAAUUGGUGUCCAGAAUAGAUGUUUAUUUCAAUGUUUGCCAUCUUCACAUUCAUAUAAUAUAUUAAUCUUUUUGAUUGUUUAUCACCAAGUAGAAGUCCCUAUCCCUAGGAAUUAUCCCUAGAAUUAUCCCUAUCACCAAGUAGAAGUCUUUUUUUUUUAUCCAAUCAACACUAAAAGAACCACUUUUUCUUAGAGCAUGCUUCUUGUACACCUCUAAUUUACUUCUUCUUCUUUUUUUUUUUUUUCAAAAAUCUGGCAACAUCAGAUAUGUGAAAGUUAAUAUUAAUAAUCCGAAUGGGCCACCUAGAAUAUUAACUUCAUUUCCUGUGUAACCCAAUAUUUUAAUAUGAGGAACUUUCUUUGUGUUAAUAUUGCAUCUUUUUGAUCUUAAGUCAUGAAGUCUGAAUAGGGCCCUUCAUUCGUAGAGUUGCAACUUUCUUUGGGAGUCACAGUGUAAAUGUGGACGUUCAUCUAUGAUACUUGAGAAAGCUCGAGGUGACUGCUGGGGGACUUGAUCAUAUUUGCAAUCGGGGAUGUGGCCUAUAGUUGGUCACAUGGUACUCUCCUUUAAAGGUUGUGGAAUUUCAUUGUCAGUUGCUGCCAAUAAAAGAUGCUGGAUCAUUUAAAGCCUUGUGUUUUCUUUUGGGGGGAAAGAAGCACAAUAAUGUGAAAAGUGUGAAAACAUUUGUCAGAUGAAACUUCAAUGAGUAUGUGAAUCCGUCAAAAAUGACAUGGUUAAUAGUUGUUGUAGAGAGGGUGUGUUAGUCCUAGAAAUAAAAGACCUGACACAGAUUCCCAAUAUGACGUGUGUAUUACCUGGAAAUCGUAACUGCCAUAUCAAUUGUGGCAGGGGAGUAGUUCUUUGUAUCUCAGCAGGGGAGAUCUUCAAAAUGGAAAUAAUAAAAAGGUCAACCAAAAUUAAAAGGCCAUUUGCACAUAUUCAUUGGCACAGCAUCCAGUAGAUUAUAAAAUGCACUUUGCAUAAGCAUUUGUUUUUGGUGCGCUUCUUGGUUACUUGGUUGGUAUUUCAGUUGCUGUAGUGCUCGUUCUCAGUUUUCUGUUUGCAAAAUAGUUAAAUAUUGUAUGAAGCAGAGAUUCUUAUAGAAAAAUAAUGGUUCCAUCAAAAUGCUUUGUCACUUUGUGGAAAAUUCCUAUUCUAUGUAUAGUUCUAUGAAAGUAGCAAAUAAACCCUCUUUUGAGUCAUUAGAAGUCACAAGAUGAUAUUAUAGAUUAAUUUGCUUAUUCUUUGACAACUCAUCAUAAUUUGUAGAUCAAAAAAUAAUACAUGAGAUGAAGAAAUGGAGCAAAUUGAAUGGAGCAAAACAGAAUAGAACAGUAAAGAAUUGAAUAUAAUAAAAUAGAAUGAAUAGAAUAGAAUAGAUUAGAUUAGAUUAGAUUAGAUUCAAACAGAAUAUAAUGGAAUAAAACAGAAGAGAAUAGAGUGCAAUGGAACAGAAUAUAAUAAAAUAUGAAACAUAACAGAAUAGGGUACAGUAGAAUAGAAUAGAACAGAAUUAUUUAUAGAACUUCUUGUAGAAUGGCAUUUUUGGUUAUGACACAACAAACUAUUUACAUAAUUACAAAAUGUAGUCAAAUUGUUGUCAAAUGGUUGUUGGGAACAUUGGUGAUAAGUGGGGGCUUGAUGGCAACAUUAGUGACCAGUGAUUGGUUGUUAGGAGCAAUGGUGAUCAAUGGUUGGUUUUAGAAUCAUGAACUAUCCAAAAGAUACAUUAUGCCAAAUUGUCUAAACUCCAUGCUGCAACAACCAUCAUAUACCUUAUACAGUGACCUCCACUAAUAUUGGCACCCUUGGUAAAUAAGAGCAAAGAAGGCUGUAAAAAAUUG